AUGGGCAAGGUUUGCGCCAUUUUUGGAGGAUCCCGAGGAAUAGGAAAAGCUGUUGCAGAAUUACUGGCACAGAGAGGCUGCCGCUUGGCAAUUAUUGCUAGAAAUCUGGAAGUAGCCCAAACCACUGCACGUAAUCUUGGUGCAGAACAUCUGGCACUUAGAUGCGAUGUAUCCAGUGAACAAGAAGUCCAAAAUACGUUUGAGGAGAUGCAGAGGCAUUUAGGUCCUAUUAACUACCUGGUUAAUGCAGCUGGGAUCAACAGGGAUGGAUUGUUACUGAGAACCAAGACUGAAGAUAUGAUAGCCCAGAUUCACACUAACCUAUUGGGAACAAUGUUGACAUGCAAAGCUGCUGUAAAAAGCAUGAUACAACAACAGGGAGGUGCUAUUGUCAAUAUUGGAAGUGUUGUAGGACUUAAAGGCAACUCUGGACAAAGUGUAUACAGUGCUACCAAAGCAGGAUUAGUUGGAUUUUCACGCUCUCUUGCUAAAGAAGUGGGGAAAAGGCAAAUUCGAGUCAACGUGGUUGCUCCAGGCUUUAUUCACACAGAGAUGACUGCUCAUUUGGAAGAAGAUGAGUUGAAGAAAGCAAUUAUCCUUGGAAGAUUUGGAGAGCCUCGGGAAGUUGCACAAGCUGUUGUCUUUCUCCUAGAGUCCCCUUAUGUUACAGGGAGUACUCUAGUUGUAGAUGGAGGUUUACAGCUUAUGACUUAAAUACUACCUAGAAUAAGCAUCUACU